GCUCAGACCAGCCGUAUUCUCUCAUAUAUACCUGUAGCCAAUCCCCCUUUGCUGUUUCACUGCAAUCUUUUCAAGUCUUCUGCUCGUAUGGCUCCGGGAUGUUGGUUCUUCGGGGCCCUGUGGCUACCACUUAUGCUCACGGUGGCUGCGGCCGAGGAACAAGUGGAAGCCUGCUCGGGCUCGGCCAAGGAGUGCGGCAACCUCACCAUCUCCCACCCGUUCUGGCUCAGUGACCGGGAGACUGGAAAAUCAUGUGGCUUGCCGGACUUCGAGGUCUUUUGCUCUGACAGUAGUACUCCAAUCCUAUUGAGCUCUGUAGCCGUCAGCUAUGGCUUUGAAAUCAUCCACAUCUUUUACGAUGAAGAGAGGCUGCACGUAGUUGAUGUAGGCAAGCUGAAACUACUGCAUGCCCCCAACAGCUGCUCACUACCGGUCUGGAACACCACCGUCAAACUGGGGCUCCAGUUCAGGAUCGCCCCCGUCAGCCUGAACCUCGUACUGUACAAUUGCACGGAGGAGGCCGGAGCAGCGGCUCUGGCUCGUCGGGACGCAGAGCUGGUUCCGACGACCAGGAGGUGUGGAAACCGGAGCAUGGUGUACGCCGGCGCGGGAGGGCGUUACAACGGGACGAGCGGCUACGGCGGCUAUGAGGGCUGCAACGCUGCCGUCAUGCCUGUGCGGGGCUCGCCGGCAGGCAAGGUGAACGCGAGCGACUACGGGCAGCUCAUCAACGAUGGGUUCAUCUUGACAUGGGAGCUCCCCCCUCCACGUAAGUUCACCAGUCAAAUCAUGUCCUUAAUCCACUUCCUUCCUAGCUAGCUAGCUAGCUACCC